GUGCCGGGCCCAACGCAUCUCACUGUGUUACCAGUCCGUUAUCCGUUUCUAUAAAUAUUCCUGCCUUAGGCCGGGGGCACUGAAACGUUUGUGUAGGCCUCAGUGCCAGUAUCCCAGGGAACUCAUUCAUUGAGGGUUACUCCUCUGCUUCUGCGGGUUGUGCUGCUGCGAUGUCCUAACGUGCAUGUGUUUCUGAAGGGCUGGGCAUGUUUGUGUGCAUAUGUAUGGCUGAAUUUAUAGACUGUUAAUCUCCAUUAGCUCUCAAUAUGUCUAUCGGUGUACCAAUUAAAGUCCUUCAUGAGGCAGAAGGCCACAUUGUGACAUGUGAAACUAACACCGGAGAGGUAUACAGGGGGAAAUUGAUUGAAGCAGAGGAUAACAUGAACUGCCAAAUGUCAAACAUCACUGUAACGUACAGGGAUGGCAGAGUGGCACAACUAGAACAGGUCUACAUCAGAGGCAGCAAAAUUCGUUUUCUCAUCCUCCCAGACAUGUUGAAAAAUGCUCCCAUGUUAAAGAGUAUGAAGAAUAAAAACCAGGGUUCUGGUGCCGGCAGAGGAAAAGCAGCUAUUCUCAAGGCCCAAGUGGCAGCGAGAGGAAGAGGCCGCGGGAUGGGACGUGGGAAUAUCUUCCAAAAACGGCGAUAACCAGAAUUGGUUUUGUAUUUUUAAUGUGGUGUUUUGAUAUGUUCCUGAAUGUUUCCAUUUUUGUUUAGUUUUUUUUUUCCUUUUGAUUAAUAAAACUGUUCAUGAACUGAA